CCUAUAAAUUCCCCACCACUCUCCCUCUCCCUCCCCAUCAUCCACAAACUCCCCUAAAAAUUUCCCCCCCAAAAUACACCACCACCCGAAUUAAUUAAAAUCGCGCCCAAUUAAUCAUUUAAUCCAUCCCCACGAAACCCACCACCAUGAGCUUCUCGUCGUCGAUGAGCAAGCAGCAGGUGCUCGAAGUCGCCGGCGACGAGGUCGGCGGCGGCGGCGGCGAGGAGGUCAUGGAGCUCAUCCCCGGCCUCCCCGAGGAGGUCGCCGAGAAGUGCCUCCUCCACCUGCCGUUCCUCUACCACCGCCUCUUCCGCACCGUCUCCUCCACCUGGAACCGCUUCCUCACCGUCUCCCCGGCCAAGUUCCCGUCCGCGGCCGCGGCGUCGGUGUCGCUGUCGCUGCCGUUCCUGUUUGCGUUUGCGUUCGACCCGGCCUCCCGGCGGCUCCAGUGCCAGGCGCUCGACCCGUUCUCGAGGAGGUGGUUGCUGCUGCCGCCCGUGCCCGGUGGCGCCGCCGCGGCUGGGUCGUUCGCGGUGGUGGGGUUACCACGCCGAGGUGAGAUCUAUGUGAUUGGGGGCGUGGUGGAAGGCGGCGACAAGGCCGUGAGGAGCGUCGCGGUGUACAGCGCGGCGAGGAACGGGUGGGAGGAGGCGGCGGGGAUGGGCACGGCGAGGGGGUACAUGGCGGCGGGGGAGGUGGGGGGGAGGUUGGUGGUGGCCGGGGAGGACGGGGAGGCGGAGGUGUUCGACCCGGAGGAAGGGAGGUGGGCCCCCGCGGCGGCCCGGCGUGGCGCGGCCGUGGCGAGGUACGACGCCGCGGCGUCGGGGGGGAAGCUGUACGUGACGGAAGGGUGGGCGUGGCCGUUCGAGCGGGCGCCGCGCGGCGCGGUGUACGACGCGGCGUCGGACUCGUGGUCGGAGAUGGCGCGCGGGAUGCGGGAAGGGUGGACGGGCUCCUGCGCCGUCGCCGGCGGCCGGAUGUACAUCGUGGCGGAGUACGGCGAGUGGAGGCUGAAGCGGUACGACGAGCCGCGGGACGAGUGGAGGAUGGUCGCCGGGAGCGGGGUGCCCCCCGAGGUGAGGCGCCCCCACGUCGUCUCCGGCGAGGUCGAGGAGGUCGGCAGCGGCGGCAGGCGGCGGAUAUACGUGGUGGGCGCCGGCCUCGACGUCGCCAUAGGCACGGUCUCCCCUUCUCCGGCCAUCCACGGCGGCGACGACGAGAGGGUGGACUGGGAGGUCGUCAAGGGCCCCGCCGAGUUCGCCGGCCUCGCCCCGUGCAACGCUCAGGUCCUCUACGCCUGAACUCCCCGCCGCCGCCGCUGCCGCUCGCCGGUGGCGCGUCGCAUCGCCGGGGACCCCGCUUUUUCCGGGCCCACCUGUCAGUGAGACCCCUCCACCCACGCGGGCCCACCUGGCAGAAGCACGUGACGAUGCUUCCCGCUGCUCACUGCUGACGCCCAUCCACGGGCGAAAUCACACAGGCACUGCCUUGGCACGGGACCCACCUGUCAGUGACUCCGAAUCGGGGGCUAAAUGGUCUUUUCACCCCCGCUGUCCAUCUCUGCAUCUCAAUUCUAUCUUGUCAGAGGAGCAGAGGACGGAGGAAUGGAGCGUGCGUCUCUGUAAAACUUAAAUACCACCCAUAUUUAAUUAAUUACUCCUACUAGCAGUAGUAUUAGAUUCUUCAUGUACCACUAGUAUAUUUGCAAAUAUUUGCACGAGGUUUUGAACAAACGAGAAAAAAGUGGUGAAGAUCGAUGACGUCGACAGCACUACUGAAUGAAUGAACAAAGUGGGGAAAAAGAAAAGAAAAAUAAUUCAAACCCCAUUUCAUUUCGUUCACUAAGGCAAAGUACUUACCAAUAAGAUGGUGAAGAAAGAAUGUUUUGUUCCCAGCCACUGCGGAAUUGUCAUA